CAACCCCAUAUUUACUUCUUCCCUCCCUAACUCCCUAAACAGACCAUGCACUGACUGCAUCCCACUUCAUCUCACCAACUUCCCUGGUCAUCUGAAACUGUCCCGUUUCAGACGUGCCCGUGGUGCAUCCAGGCGAUCUCCGGGGCUUUAUUGGCGUCCCGACGAAGGCAACACAGCCACCGGCCUCGCUCGUUGGCGCUUCCUCCGCCUGCCUGCCCACCUGCUCGCAUCCUCCCCUCGGCUCUCGCCCCUAUGUCUGCCAAAAAGAUGCCCGUUCUGCUCAAUUGAUUCUGCGCCGUCUGCAUUUGUCUCAGCAAAUGUAGACCCUCGCCCGCUGUUUACACACCCAUCAAACCAUGGAGGAGGAUGUCCGGCUGCCCACCCCGGAGUGCCUUGGCGGCCCCCAUCCCCAUCCCGAGCUGCGUCCCACCACCGUCACCGUCAAACUGCAGCACGACCCCGACGCCCUGAAGAAAUGUCCGCUGCUCACCACUGCCGACCAGAACCGCGCCCCCUUCUCCCGAUUGCCUCGUGCUGUCAUCGAGCGAAUCCUCCAUCUCGCGGAUGCCAACACCUUUGCGUCGCUCGCGCUGCUGAAUCGGAAGUGGAGGCGCAUCUCCGACUCCCCCUACCUGUAUGCACAUCAUCUGGCCCGAUGUCCGUCCUUUGCCUUGACGCAGAAGGCGACCGGCGUCGGCGAGCCGACCCACCCCGGGGAUCUCGCGCAGCUGAAGCAGCUCUUCGGCGCGCAGAUCAGACGGAACACGUUCGAUGUGCUCCUCAGGCCGCGCAGGACUCUGGUCAAGCUGACCUCGACGUCCAUGAGCUCAUCCACCGCCUUCCCCCAGGGCGAAGCGUUCCGCUUUGCCUUCUCCCCCAACGGCCAGCUCAUCCUGUGCAUCAGCUCCUCCCGGAUCGUCGUGCUCGACGUCACGUCGGAUCCCGCGGUGGUGAAACAUGAGCUGAAAACAUGGAGACGCCCGUUGAACGCUACCAUUGUCGACGAUGGGUCCCUUCUGGCUGUCGUUUCCUCCAGCCAUCAGGUCAAUAUCUACCGUCUGACCUGCGAGGAAGCAAUGCACGUCCAGGAUCUCACGUUGAACGACGUCCCUCGGACCCUCGCGCUUUCCCCGACCGGCGGUGUGCUUGCCAUUGCGUACGAUGAUCGGAUCGAAGUGCACGCGGUCGGUGAAGGGGCUUUGGCCACCGAGCGAAGAGCGGUGCGGUGUUCCGGGGUCGAGUCGGUGUCAUUCUCCUCCGACGGGGACAUGCUGCUCGGUACCUCCGCUGACCGCUGCAACGGCGGACUGGUGAACAUCACGGUCCCAUUCUACACCGAAUCAGAGGCCGAGUACUCCCCGAGAGACGCCCAGAUCCGCAUGUGGACGACGCAAAUCCUGUUUCCAGACGUGACCACGGGUUUCAGCCACGCGUGCCUGCUUCCACUACAUGCCGAAGGGGAAGGCAGCUGGAUCCUGGGGUUUGACGAACAGAUAAGCAGCUUCCGGGCGUUCGGCGUGAAUAACACAAACUCAGGCACGACGUUCUUUGUGAGCCCGAUGGCUGACGACGGGCUGCGGGAGUCUGCGCCCACGAUGCUACCUACCGUUGACGACAUGGGCGAGCUGGCCGCGCUGGGCUUCGGAAAUUCCGGUCUCUGGGUGUAUGGCGUCCCCGAUCGUCUCGAUAUCGCCCCCAUAGGGACCGCCACACGGGUAUAUGAUACGAUAGAGAUGGGACAGAGCCAUUCGAUGGAGGAUACGGCUCGAGAUACUUUAUUUCGACUACAGCAGUCCAUCCCAAAGCCAAAGGUCUUGAUCAACGGCCACAAAAUGAGCGACAUGCCCGGGAUGACAGCGGCGCGCUGGGUGCGCCAUCCCAGCUACACGGCUGACCACCGCAGACUGGUGGCCGUUGCCCCUGGUGGCAUCAGUCCGCCAACCAUUGGCGAAGAAGACGUGCCCGUCGACGGCGGACGGGUCCUCCUCCUGGAUUUCGAGCGCUCUGCAACGAACGGGGGUUUGACGGAACUCAACAUCGAGGUUGGGGACGCGGAGCCGAAAAUGCUCAACGAGCCCAACUCCAGCCUGGACACUGAGGUCGAAUUGGAACGCAGAAGGACGCGGCUGCAUCGUAACGCCGCCUCACCGCGGGCAAGGGCUUUGGCUCGGGAAUCAUAUCCAUCGGCCAACUCGGUCAUCCACGCGCCUCCACCCAACGUCCGCCGGAACAGCUCGUUCUUCUCUGGCUCGUCGAACGGUGAUGUCCAGGCGAUUCCGGAUUCACCAUACGAUAACACGCAGCCGCGAUCGCGGGACACACUGCGUCGUGCAGCCACCGCCGCGGCCCGGGGCCGUGGACGGUAUCAUUCAGACAACUCGCAAGGCCAGAGACCGGCCACGCAGGUCUUCCAGGUCCCCCACGAAAGCGACGCUGAGAACUGGGUCCCUCCCCCACCCCCCUACUCCAGCGUGCCCGAAGCCCCUCUCCCCGAUUACCUGAGACGAAGCCUCCUUCCCUCACACACGGACCCUAUCCGUCGGCAUGUUCCCGCGAAGACGACGCAGCUCCGUCACCGGCUCCUCGCCCAACCUGCACGGCCCCAACGGACUGCAGAUAUACCUCCCCCCCCGCACGCUCUCGCCGACUCCCACGCCCACAUCGAGCCGCAAGCCUUCCCCAACGGCUCCGCCCUGCCAACCCACACCCUCGCCAUGCCCUCCACCGUAACCAUGCACCAAGUCCAAGUCCAAUCCCAAGCCCAGCAAUCCUCAUGCCACCGCCCCACCCCAACACCAACACCCUACGACGUCCUCCCCGAAGAGUCCACCCCAGACCAAACCGACUGGCAGGACUCCCCCGCACACCCCACCCCGCAAACACCGUUCAUCCUCGACAACUACAACUACAACUACAACUACAACUACAACCUCAACUACAAUCUCAACUACCCCUACUCCCUCAGCUCGCCCAACCUCCUCUCCCCGUCCUUCCCGCACCCCGAAGCCAUACCCGGUGGCGUCGGCGGAGUAGAAUUAGCAGCUGGAGCAGAAGCCGGACCAGGAAGCGGCGGAGUGGGAGCAGGAGUAGGAAUACGACCAGGAAUAGGAGCAGGAGAAGGAGGAACCACUACCCCCCGUUCCUUGAACCCCAACCCCUACCCCUACCCCUACCACCGCCCCAUCGACCGCCGCACGCAAUCGCAAUCGCAAGACGUCCGACUCCCGCCUGGCGGCAUCGCGCCCCUGAAUCGUCGAGCCAGUACGGACCCCACUCUCUCGAGUAGCUCCCAGGCCGCGGCGCAUGAUCUGUGGCGCAGGCGCAUCGAGGAGUGGAAUGAGAGGACCAUUUAUGAGAGGAGUAAGAGGCGGAUACUAUAUGGGUAUACUAUUAUAGUACUAGUAUAG